AGGGUGAACACUUAACAAUAAGAUGUGACGUUCAUGUUUAUUGUUGUGGCUGCGGUUUCCUUUCGAUAGCUAUAAAUUUAAAGCAACUGAAAACGUUUAAUCAUUUGGUACAGUUUUGCCCCUAACUAAUACUUGGUCAGUUUUUGCUUGUGUAGUUUACUAUGGCUGGUGCAAAGGCCCUUAGGAAUAGACUGAACGACGAGUUCCUGACGUGUCAGAUAUGUUUAUCCACGUAUACAGAGCCAGUGUUGUUAGACUGCCAGCAUUCAUUUUGCCGAUCAUGUGUGGGCCAAUGCCUCCCAGCAGUUUCUGGCACCCUGCAUUGCCCAGUAUGUAGACAGGCGACUUCUCUGCCUAAAAAGUUCGGGGUCGCCACGCUGAAAAGUAACUUUUUUCUACAGAGUCUUAUCGACGCUGUUAAAGAAAGAAGGUCCUCUGUGUCCUCUGUCGUCACGAUGGGUGAAAACGAAGUAAACGGAAACGUAAACGGUGUAUCUACUGUGAGAAAAGUCCACGAUUGCGACAACUGCGAAGGGGAAAAUGGAAAAGCAGUUUCAAGGUGUCUUGACUGCACGGAUUAUUUGUGUCGAGAUUGUCAACUCUGUCACUGCCAAACCAAGUUCACGAGAAAACAUAAGGUUGUCAGCCUCAAGGAUUUACGGUCCGGGAAAUAUAGUCUUGAAAUACAAACUCGUGCGAAAGUUUUUUGUCCGAAUCACCCAGACGAGAUCUGUCGAGAAAUUUGCGAGACUUGUUUCGUUCCAGCUUGCCACGAAUGCCUUCAUAAUGUCCAUAGCGAUCAUCAGAAAAAAGAUCUAAAAGAAGCUGUAGCGAAACAGAAAGAAAGAACAGAGCAAUUGCUUCAGCGGUCAACAGAAUCGCAACAAAAUUUGAUGAAAAGCAUUGAAGAAACAAAGAAACAAAAGAACAGCGUUAGCAGAUCCAGCAAGAUGUCUGUUAACACAGUGCAACGACGCACGAAGAUGAUUGUGGACGCAGCGAAAAUGCACGAAGAAAAGAUAGUGAAAGGUAUAAAAGAGAUGAACAAAAAGAGAAAGGCUUCUCUCGUUCGAAUAGAAGAAGAAGGCAAUCUGUGCAGUGAACGUUUGCAAUCGGUCAGUGAAAACCUGAAGCAGUCCGCAGAUGUGGUGUUGGUGUCUGGAACACCUGCAGAUAUAUUGGGUCUAAAAGAGUUGUCAGAUAAAGUGGAACAUGCACUUGAAGAAUAUGUUUGCCUCAGAAGGGCAUCUAGUUGUAUCGAAGCGACCUGGAAAUUGUCGUCGUCAUGCGAGAGCGAUGACGUGACAAUAUUGGAAAAAAUGAGCCCUUUCUUUAACGAACUCAUCGGGAUACUUCAAUAUGGGGAAGACAUCGCUGAUUCCUCUUCGCACGAAGAUCAAGCUGGAGCAUCAAGUGUCGCAACAUCCAAGCAAAGUUUAUCAUCGGAACCAUCAACCUCCUCUUCAAAUGAUCAACCAACACCAAUAUCAGAUGACACCGGUAAAGGAUUUCGUCCGCUAAGUAUCGAUGGUAGUAAUAAUACUUUCACAAGUGAUGAAGACGACCUUCCACCAAAACCUCUUUAUUAUAAGUUAAAUCCAGUUCAACGGAGGAAACGUUUCGCAGGCAACAACACAGACCAACCUUCACUUGAAUCUCCAAGCCUUAACCUGAUGAGGAAGUUCCCGCCAAUUGAAGCACAAAGUUCCGAUGCUAAAGCUGCCACCACAAGCCAGGAUAAAAAGUCCAAGUUUUCUUUAAAUUCUUCCAAAACGAGCGGCCAGUGUUGUUCCUACAGUAGGUCUGACGCAUCCGGCACAAAACAUAAAGUAAACAAGUGGAGGAGUAAAAGUGCCGAUCGUGUUCUGGAAAACGAUUCUGGGCUUGCCAAAGCGAAAGUUAAGCCAACAGUGAGCACACCUGUCAAUCAUGUCCAAACAACUGGCAGGGGAAGAACAAGACGACGUAGCCUUCCUGGAUGCGCGAAUCCAUCUCUCACAUUACGUGCAAUUCAGUCGCCAACUGGAAGCGCUGACUCCUUACUUUCGCUAACUACUUCGCCUGUCAAAUCGUUAGCAGAAAACCCAGCGUUAUUAGGCUUGUAUGAAACACCAGACCCAACUUCGGACGCUGCUGUUGCGUGCUUAGCUAACAGCAUAGCAUCGGCACCUCCGCUUGAAACUUUGAACGAAUCAUCACAGAAUUCAGUCAACCAUGAUGUACAAGCUGUCCCACCAACCGAUAGAAUCCUCAUUCGUUCGUUCACAGUGUCUGGAAAACUUACGAUAUUUCGUUCAGCUCCGAAGUUGUCAGUUACACCAUCUGGACAAAUUGUUGCAACUGAUUACAAAGCACAAAAGCUUUUCGUGUUUUGUAAAAAUGGGUCUUUCGUGAACUCGAUAAAAAUUAAAUCAAGUGGUUCAAAAUCCCUACACCCAAUUAGUGCGACAUCGACGAAAAAGAACAAGUUUUUGGUCGCAUGCGGUGACGCUGUUUAUAAAUUCAGUCAAGGUGGAAAAAUGACAAAGAAAUUUGGCAAUGGUUACUUUUCUAAAUGCUGUGGAAUUGUGACGGACCAGAGAAACGGGAAAAUUAUCGUCACUGAUAUUGAAAAGAGAUGUGUUUCAAUUCACGCCGCGGACGGAGGUCUCGAACGAAUAUUCAGAGGCGGUGCUUCAGCAGCCGAGCUUGUCCAUUCUAGAAGUGUAAUGGGGGCAGCCGGAAUAAGCAGCGAUCACGACUUGAGGCUGCAGACGCCUUACUUUACGUGUGUGGAUCCGAGAAAUGGGAAUAUUAUUGUGUCCGAUUGGGCUAGCAAUGACGUUAAGAUUUUUGACCAAGAUGGCGGAUUUCUGGCUUGUAUAUUUUCUUGUUCUAAAGCCCAGCAGUCGGCUCCCUUCUCUCCUGGCCCAGUGGACACAUUCUGCAACCCAGCUGGCGUAUGUUGCGAUGGGCAGGGGAACAUAUUUGUGGCUGAUCAUGGGCGACACCGUGUGGUCAUGUUCGACAACAACUGGCAAUUUGAAAAAUUCGUUGCAACUAGUUUGGACGGAAUACAAAAUCCCUGGUCUGUUGUUGUUAGCGAAAAUCGGCAGUUAUUUCUGUCAGAAUACUGGAGUAGGACAAUCAAACUUUUUGCGUAUUAAACAUAUUCUGAAUAAAAUCACUUGCUUACUGUCGCUAUUUAUAUUUUGUCGUAUUUUUGGGCUAGUAAAUAAAAUGCACUAAUUACA